AUGGUUUCCCCGUCGUCCACGCCCAGCUUACCACCAACUAGUUGUGCGCCAUCUCCCUCGGUGAUGACGCAAUCUGGUUCCGCACCUUCGGUCGGUGUUGACGUUUCUCCACGCGAACACCCAACUGGCUCCGAUUCCACCACAGACACUGUUGAAGGUACCUCGGUGAGCGGAGGUCCGAUCGGCUUUGCUUUGGGACUCGAUGCUGCUGAGGACAUCGCUUCAAGUAUGGAACUGAUCGGCUCCACGUUGACGCCUGAUGCCCUUGACAGUUCUGCUGCAAGUGACAAGCCGAUUGGGGUCAGAGAAUCUGCUACAACCACUGAUCCGAUGAGCUCCGCGUUGACGCUUGAUGUAGUCGACAAUUUUGCUGCAAGUGGCGACCCUAUUGGGGCUAUUCCGUUGCCGACCGCUCGAGUUGAAACACCAAUAGUUGAUGAAACAGCGGCGGUUGGUAUUAUUGCUGGACUUUACCAGUGGACCACAUCCCAGCAGGAUCUUGUGGAUAGCUAUCGCGAUCUGGAGCAAGCGUUGUGGGAGCAAACUCGGAGGGGUGAUCGACUAGAACGGGAACUCCGUUCUCUUACCGAGUCGGCCUCUCCUUUUGUGAUCUUCGCUCAAACUCGUUGUGAUCGCUUUCGCCUGAUUUUGAAAAUUGCACUCGCUGGAGUCGCCUUGCUUAAGGAGACAAUUUGCGUGGGGGAUUGCUACGAACGGCAAAUUAGCGACCUAAAGUCGAAACUUCUGAAAACGACCCGAUCGCUUUAUACGUUUAAAGAACGUCAUGAUCUCGAAAUGGCUUCCUUGCGAAGACACAUGGAUGAGAGGAACGCUCGAUUUCAAGCCGUACUCUUGAAGGCCAAAUCUAAGAGAGCCAAGUACAAGGCAGACUGUACCAAGGCUCAGACCACGGUUCGCCACCUGCAUGCUGCUCUUGCCGCUGUAUCAGUGGAGCGCGAUCAAGUUUGGGAUGAUCUGGCUGAGUUGGAAGAUGAAUAUGACCGAUCGCGCUCCUUGCUCUCCGAUCGUGACGAUCGAAUGAAUCUGCUUCAAGCUACUAUCUCUGGUUUGGAGCUAGAUCGCGAUCAGGCGUUGCGCGAUUGCGACGUUCUUCGAACGAGCAUUGCCGCGCUCGUUACCGGCCCCACUUUACCUUCCUAG